AUGAUUUUCAUUUAUUUAGCAUUUUUUCUACUUUCUCUUGCUUUUCUAUGGCUAUGGAGAACCAAGAAAAAUACAAAUAAACUACCACCAGGUCCAAAAGGUUUACCAAUUUUGGGUAGCCUUCUCAAAUUAGGACCAAACCCUCAUCGUGAUCUUCAUCAACUAUCCCAAAAAUAUGGACCCAUCAUGCACUUAAAGUUAGGCUUAGUACCAACCAUAGUUGUUUCUUCACCUCAAGCAGCUGAGCUUUUCCUCAAAACUCAUGAUCUUGUUUUUGCUAGUAGACCACCAACUGAGGCAUCGAAACACAUCUCUUGGGAACAAAGGAAUCUGAGUUUUGGUGAAUAUGGUUCUUAUUGGCGCAACAUGAGAAAAAUGUGCACUUUAGAAUUGUUGAGCCAUACAAAAAUCAACUCUUUUAGACCCAUGAGGGAACAAGAACUUGACCUGUUGAUAAAGUUUCUAAGAGAAAAAUCCAACGAUGGAACAAAAGUUGAUUUAAGUGCUAAGAUUUCUUCACUCUCCGCUGAUAUGAGUUGUAGAAUGGUGUUUGGGAAAAAGUAUGCGGAUAAAGAUUUGGAUGAGAAAGGGUUUAAGGCUGUGAUACAAGAGGGAAUGCAUUUAGCAGCUACUCCUAACAUUGCUGAUUAUAUUCCUUAUGUUGGAUUACUUGAUUUACAAGGACUAUCUAAACGUAUGAAGGCAAUUGGAAAAAUCUUUGAUGACUUUUUUGAGAAAAUAAUUGAUGAACAUAUUCAAUUUGGCAAUAAAGAUGAUAAGACUAAGGAUUUUGUAGAUGUCAUGUUGGAAUUUCUUGGCACUCAAGAAUCUGAAUAUCGUAUUGAACGACCCAAUAUCAAAGCCGUUAUGCUGGAUAUGUUGGCGGGUUCAAUGGAUACGUCUGCUACAGCAACUGAGUGGGCGAUUUCGGAACUACUAAAGAAUCCAAGAGUGAUGAAAAAAUUGCAAAAAGAGUUAGAAACUGUGGUGGGUUUGAAGAGAAAAGUGAAUGAAUCAGAUUUAAAUAAGUUGGAGUAUUUAGACAUGGUUAUAAAAGAAAGCCUUAGAGUUCAUCCAGUGGCACCUCUUUUAAUACCGCACCAAUCUAUAGAAGAUUGCGAGGUUGAAGACUUUUUCAUACCUAAAAAAUCAAGGAUCAUUGUGAAUGCAUGGUCAAUUAUGCGAGACCCGAAUGCUUGGAAAGAUCCGGAGAAGUUUUGGCCCGAGAGAUUUGAAGGAAGUGAUGUAGAUCUUCGAGGGCAAGAUUUUCAACUCAUACCAUUUGGUUCUGGUCGAAGAGGAUGUCCGGGAUUGCAACUAGGUUUAACUGUGGUUCGUUUGGUGGUAGCGCAACUUGUGCAUUGCUUUGAUUGGGAAUUGCUUAACAAGAUGUUACCAAGUGAUUUGGACAUGGCAGAGGAGUUUGGCCUUACAAUGCCAAGAGCCAAUCAUCUAAUUGCCAUUCCUGUUUAUCGUCUUUCUAGUGAUGGUGAUUAG